CGAAAGGCUUUUUCAUGUCUUCAUGGGCAGGCCUGUAUUUCAAUGUGUAUUCAUCUCUAGUUCACCGCGCAACGCCGGGUGUAGCAUGCCACACGUCCCAUGCGUGUACAUAAGCCUGUGGAUGGAAUGUUACUUUCGCGGAUUGUAAAUUAUGGAGGUACGACAGAAACGUCCAGGUAACAAACAGAGAGUGGUUGUUGUGGCGAUGGACGACAGCAAACUCUCAGAGGAGUCAUACACGUGGUAUUUAAAUCAUCUUGGACGUGAGGAUGACAGAGUUAUCCUUAUCCAUUGUCCAGAAGAUGGCGCUAUAUUACAGUCACCAAUAAUUUUUAGCGGGAGUAACACCGCGGAUGGUAUAACAGACGACGAUAGGACGCAUUUCAGAGCCCUCAUGCAUAUGGCGAAGGAAAAGGCUAAGCCUCACGGGAUUGUGGAUAAAGUCCGAAGCCUGAGCGGAAAUCCGGCGGAAAUGGUCAUCCAGGCAGCUAAAGAGGAAAACGCAGCAAUGAUUGUCGUUGGAUCAAGUGGCAUUGGGGCGUUAAGACGGACUCUUUUAGGGUGCGUGAGUGAUUACGUUCUCCAUCAUUCACCUGUCCCCGUCAUCUUGUGCCGCCACAAGGACCCCCAACAUCACUGA